AUGUGCCGGCCUCACAUGGCUCCAAGCGUUCUCAAUCUGGCCAUUCUCUCUUUUUUUUCCGCCCUGUCUCUCCACCACCACAUGGGCUUCAGGGGUCUUGCCUCAAACAAGCUGUACGGCCGCAUUCCUGACAGCUUCUCCAAGCUCACACACCUCACCUUUCUCAACCUCUCCAGCAACUACCUUGCCAGCCCCAUCACGCUGCCCGCCAUCAGCACCCUGCGCCUCUCCAGCAAUUUUCUUUAUGGUCCUCUGCCCAACGGGACAUGCCAGGCUCUCAAUUUCGAUAGCAACUGCUUCACACUUUCGUCUGGCUGCACUAAUGUGGUGCAGCGGCAGGAAGCAGCAUGCAAUGCAUUCUGUGGCGUCUCCACUGCAGCUGCUGCUGCUGCUCCUUGUGGUGGAGGAGGGGUGUGCGUUCCAGACCAAGUUACCCUGGUCCCAACCUGUCUAUGCGAUGCGGGGUACAUCCAAUCUGGAAUUUUCAACUGCGUGGCUGACGGGACGCAGAAGGAGACGGGGGGGGAAUUCACCGCGGAUCCAGUGCCUCUGUUUGUGUACGGGGCGGGACAGGUGGUGUCGGGGUGUGGAGUGCAGCUCGCCUUCCGGGCCAACUUCACCUUCUCCCUCGCCCCUCAAUCCGGCCGUGCUGGCAACAACGGCUUCGCCUUUGUCGUCUCGGCAACGGACCGGGUGGGGAAUGGAUCUGGUGUGGGGUAUGGUGGCAUGGACACCCGCAGCAUGGCGGUUGAGUUUGACACGCUGCGGGACAAGCUGCAUGGCGACAUGAGCACCCCGCACGUGGGGCUGAACAUUCAAGGCCAGGACCAGUCAAUAGCCGCUGUGAAGUCGCCGUUUCAGCUGACCAACAGAAAGGCAUACACGGCGUGGGUGGACUAUGAGCCUGGGGAGCCCGGCACCAUCCAGGUGUUCCUGGCUGCCACGGAGGUGAAGCCAGCUCAGCCGCUGCUGGAGAGGAGGCUGGCGCUGUGUGAGGUGCUGCAGGCUGGAGCGGAGCAGCAGGCGUUCUACUUUGGCUUCGUGGCGUCCACCACUGUGAAGCCGUUCCAGAUGCAUCUCAUCCUCAAGUCAGGAGUUCACACAGCCUUUGGUCUGACUCUCUCUGUGGCGUCAUAUGCGCCUGUGGGAGCCAGUCCCUUCAUGCGCUACAUGAGUGCGGACUACCGAGUGUUGGCCAACCAGCAGAGUGCAUGGCAAGUCAGCGGCUCCCACUCCUGGGACUCCAUGCCCUUCCUCGGCUGGCCGGUCAAGAACCAAAAGGACUGCAGUGCGAGUUGGGCGUAUGCGGUGGUGGCGAGUGUGGAGGCAGCGUACGGCAUUGCGCUGAACAGUGAGGCGCCACGGCUGUCAGUGGACUCACUCUUUGCAGCCAUGGGGCUCACCUCCCUCACUGCCAAGUGCAUGGCAGGCGGCUCUCCUGCCGCGGCCUUUGAAAGGCUUAUCACUCUGCCCGCUGGUGGACUCACAACAGACAGCAAGCCGGGAUUUGAGCGCACGCGGUUUAAGGGUCAUGUAGGGCUCAUGCUGGCAGUGCGACGACAGCCAGUGGUGGUUCACAUUGAAGCCUCUUCUACCUCGUUUGUACAGUACGACGGGACUUUCAAGUACCAGGAUCCUGCCUGCUACACUGGCAACCUGGACCAUGCUGUACUCGUUGUUGGGUAUCUCCUUUUCACAAAUAACGGCCGCCCGAGCCAAACUGCUCCACCGUUUUGGAUCAUCCGCAACUCGUGGGGAUUGGAGUGGGGAGACAGGGGCCACAUGCGCAUGGACAUUCAGGGAGGGGAUGGUGUGUGUGGCAUCAACGUGUUGCCAGGCAUCUACCCCAUUGUCAAGACCAACACCACGGCCUCCAUGUUGACAGUCACUGGCGCCAAUUGGCUGUGCUCGGAUGUCUUCCCUGCGGCUGGCAUCUCCUUGGCUGGCUUUGCAUCGCAAAACAUGGGCAUUAACUGCAGCCAGCCUUUGCCUGCGGGCAAGGUGAUUGGGGUGGGAAGCGUCACCCCCUGCACUGCAUUCUUCUAUGCCCUCAAAGGUGAUACCUGCUCCUCUAUCAGCGUCCAGCUGGGACUCGCAUCGACUUACCUUGCCUCUCUCAAUCCCGGCCUGGACUGCUUUGAGCCCAUCAAGGCGGGCCGCUCUCUCUGCAUCGAGCGCAACGCCACCUUCGCCUUCACCGUCCCUCGCUGCUUGCAGUACGGCAUGCUCUCAGCUCAGGACACGUGCGAGAGCCUGCUGCAGCAGAGCAAGGACUCUAGUGGGGAUAAGAACACAGGAGCUGAAGUGGUGACUGCAGCCAGCUGGAUUGGUCUCUACCGCAACAAUCCCGGCCUCAUCUGCCCCCGCACCACCCCUGCCUCCAGUGCUACUGUUGCCAGCACUCAGGUUUGUCUCAAGGCCGAGUACGAGUCCAUCAAUACUAACACCUGCAAGGUGGGCAGGCUCAAGGUGGUCUCACCACUGCUCACAUGCCAAGGUGCUUUCAGCUUCUUCGGUGGAGCUAAAGCUGGACCAGCUGCAAAAUUUACUGAAUACAAUGAGAAGGCAUGCUCCGAGACCGUAGGGGUUACAUCUAUUUGUGUGCCGUAUUGA